UUUCUGAUUCCACCGGCAACGGAAAGGAACUGAGUAGCGCAGCACUCCCCCUUGUCAGAGGCAAAGACCUAUCGAUGUUGUACAGGCUUCUUGCUGCCUACUUCGACACGAGACAACCCAAGACACUCACUGGAACAGCUCCUGGCAGCUAAACACCCAGUCCGCACGACUCGCCAUCUUUGCGCCGCAGCUCCCGUGUCACUUCGGCUUGCGCCGCGUCCAACAUCCUGCCUUGGGGUCCUUUAAAGGAAGGGCAUCAUCGUUUACAAAGCAAGACACGGCAGAGCUACCGCAAAGCAAUAUCCGAGGGUGCCGACCUCGAAAACAAGCCCGGAGGUUGCCAAUUAGAGUCCUGCUCGUCCGCUGCGAAACGGCAACCGCCUCAACCGUAUCUUGGGUCUUCCGCAAACGCCCUACCAAACGCCGUAGGGCAGAAGAGUGCCGUCUGACCGCAGGAAUAGUGCGACUUGGCAGGGACCCCGGCUGACGGCGCCAGGCCGAAUUUCCAUAAGCAGUCACCUCCCAGUCCACCAUGCCAGUAACCAACCGUGGAGGCCUACCCGGCGCCGGCUACGAUUAUUACUUGAAAGCCCAACCGCCCUCCUGGGAGGCACUUCGAACCGGACUGUCUAUUUUUGCCUUGGUCAUCAUUGCACGCUACUGUGUGCAGGCCGUCUACCGAUGGCUUAGACCAGCCCAGAGGCGCGACUCUGCUUCCCUUCUGCCCACCAAUAACCCGCCGCUCCAGAGGCAGCACAAGCCACGCUUUGGGCCAAUGGACGAUGAAAAGAGCAUCCAAGGGGUCGGCGACCAGCACGAAGACCUGAGGGCGGCGGUGGCGGCAGCAACAUCGACGACGACGACCACAGCAAGCACGGCGGCGGAUCGGCACUCGCACUGGAGAGGCGCUGGCGGUGCCCUGCCAGGACCCUUCAUCUCCCGGCUGCCUCCCGCGCCACCUUUGACUCCGCCGGAGCUGAGCACAGCCGUCUUCACCUUGGACAACAACGAGCCGUCGCCCAGCAGCCAGAGCUUCAUCCACCAGCCCAACCCUGACUACAUGUCCUCAACGUCCACCACUGCCUUCCAGACUGGCAGCCCAGACGCUGCCUCGAUUCCUCGGCGCCGAUCCUACACCCGGACUCUCCCCAUUAGCGCCCCCGGGGCUCACUCUCCCCAAGCGCAGUCGCCCAAGGCUGAAUCCGUGGAUCCCGUCUUUACGCCCAGCUCCUACCCACCGUCGGUUGGGCUGCUGCCACCUGCGCCUCCCUCCGGUCUGGACCCGAAGCCUGAUGAUCACGGGCAUCUUAACGUUGACGUCCACGGCGAGAUUCUCUCAGUCCUCGAUCGCGAUGGAGCUGGCUGGACUCGCCAUACGCGCGUCUACGGGGGCGGCACCUGUCUAGCGUGCGCUGCCAACGGAGGAGGUUUCUACGGAGCUACUGUGACCCCAGAGGAGAUGCGGUGA